AUGACGACCCUGACGGACUUGAACUCGCCGUUCUCCUCGUGUGAGAUGAAGAGGAUUUACAAGAUUGUGCUGGGCAUGUUCGACCCUGAUCAUAUAAGACGUCUAUCGGUUUGUGAAAUCACAGAAACGGAGCUGUACGAAAAUGGAGUUGCGAAAGCUGGGGGUUUGAACGACCCUUUGAUGGGAACAUCUGAUUAUCGGGUUCCGUGUCAGACCUGUCAUAUGGAUUGCCGAGCAUGCCCUGGUCAUUUCGGCCACAUAGAGUUCGUGAAGCCAGUGUUUAAUAUAGGUUUUUUACCAGCCGUGAUCACUGUUUUGCGUUGCGUUUGUUACUCAUGUGGGAAACUACUUGUCUCUCAAGAUGAUGCGAGAUUUCUGUCAGUGAUGCGUAUUCGUGGUCCGAGAGCUCGACUCGCCAAACUUUUGACCCUCUGCCGGACUAAGCCCUCUUGUGAGCCAGGUCCUGAAGGAGGGUGUGGCUGUCUGCAGCCCCAAUAUCGCAAGGAUAAUGUAAACAUACUGGUUGAUUUUGGUGCUGCGGCGGCGGCGGGAGGCGGUGGGGACGAGUCGGGUAGAGAGAAUGGUGGUGAUGAUCAAAUUGGUGAUACAAAAAGAGUCUUUAGCGCAGAAGAGGUUCUAGCCGUAUUCAGUAAAAUAAGUGAACAUGACAUGAAGUUGAUGGGAUUUGACAUAACAUUCGCCAGGCCAUCAUGGAUGGUAAUUCAAUCAAUGUUGGUUAUACCACCCUGUGUUCGUCCUUAUGUUCAAUUUGGAAGUGAUAGGUCAGAAGACGAUUUAACGAUAAAACUUCUGGAUAUAGUAAAAGUCAAUCGACAGCUGCAAAAGUACGAGUCGACUGGCGUAGCACAACACGUGGUUCAGGAAACAGUGGCUGUACUACAGUACCAUGUGGCGACCUUCAUGAAUAAUGAAAUUCCCGGCUUGCCGGUGGCCACCACAAAGAGCAAAAAGCCUAUGAAAUCUAUCCGAGAACGACUGAAGGGGAAAGAGGGCCGGCUGCGUGGAAACCUGAUGGGCAAGAGAGUGGACUUCUCCGCCCGUACUGUGAUCACCGGAGAUCCUAAUUUACAAAUUGACCAAGUGGGAGUGCCCCGAUCGAUUGCAAUGAACUUGACAUAUCCCGAGUUAGUAACGAGCAUGAAUCUGGAAAUGUUGCGCAAGGCAGUUUCGAAUGGCCCAAGUGUAUGGCCGGGGGCUCGGUACAUUACCCGAACGGACGGAACUAGAUUUGACCUACGUCAUUGUGCGGGUAACCCUGCAGUGCUACAAUUGGAGCCCGGAUAUAAGGUGGAGCGGCACGUUCGAGAUGGGGAUUAUGUCUUAUUCAACCGUCAGCCUUCAUUGCAUAAAAUGAGUAUCAUGGGUCAUCGCGUGAAAGUUUUGCCAUGGAGUACAUUCCGAUGUAACUUAAGUGUAACUGCUCCUUAUAACGCAGAUUUUGAUGGGGACGAGAUGAAUAUGCAUUUAGCACAAAGUCAUGAAACAAGAGCAGAGAUAAAACAUUUGUGUUUAGUACCCCGUCAAAUAGUAUCACCGCAAGGAAAUAAGCCAGUGAUGGGUAUCGUACAAGAUUCUUUGCUAGGUAUAGCUAAGAUGACAAGUCGCGAUACAUUUUUAACUGAAGAUUUUAUCAUGACGAUAUGUAUCUGGAUUAAUGAGUGGGAUGGUAUUGUUCCACCUCCUGUGAUAUGGAAGCCUCAGAAGUUAUGGACGGGUAAACAGAUUAUUACUUUGAUCUUGAUAGGUGGCAUGAAGGGACAUAAUUAUCUAACAAUAACUCGUGAUGGUGCAAUCCGGCUUCCAGGUCGUGAUGACCCUGACCCCAACAUGAGCAUCAAUGAUGGACGAGUGAUUAUACGAAACAGUGAACAUCUGGCUGGAGUGAUAUGCAAGAGAGUCGCAGGUACUAGCGGUGGUUCCAUAGUUCAUGUGUUGUGGCACCAAUGCGGGCCGGAAAAGACAAAAGAAGUGCUGAGUUCGUUCCAGAAGGCGGUCAACAAUUGGCUGGUUAGUCAAGGCUUCACCGUCGGCGUGUCAGAUAUAGUUGCUGAUAAGGUGACCGCAGAUAAAGUGAGGGACGCCCUCCGUGGAAGCUACGACAAAGUCGAUGAGCUCAUUGAAUUAGCACGCAACGGACGACUCGAGACCCAACCAGGUAAAUCUUUACUUGAAUCGUUCGAAAAUCGUGUUAACCAAGAACUAAAUCAGGCUCGUGAAGCUUCAGGAAAAAUCGCAUCUGAACAGUUAACCAGCAAGAACAACAUUAUAGCUAUGGUAGAAUCAGGUUCCAAGGGUAGUACUAUCAACAUUUCCCAAAUUAUGGCCUGUGUCGGACAACAGAACGUCGAAGGUAAAAGAAUCCCCUUUGGUUUUCAAGAUCGAUCACUGCCUCAUUUUUUGAAGCAUGACUACGGCCCGGAUAGUCGUGGAUUUGUUUACAACUCUUACCUCUCAGGUUUAACACCCCACGAGCUAUUCUUCCACGCUAUGGGUGGUCGAGAAGGUAUCAUUGACACUGCCUGCAAAACAAGCGAAACCGGAUAUAUCCAACGAAGACUGGUGAAAGCAAUGGAAGAUGUGCUAGUCGCAUAUGACCGGACCGUGCGGAAUUCUAACGGUGAGAUUGUCCAAUUUUUAUACGGUGAAGAUGGUAUGGCCGGAGAGUACAUUGAAGAUCAAUUUCUUGACUUGCUUCUAUUGGAUCACGAAAAAAUCGAAAAACGUUAUAAGCAUGAUUUCAGGUCUACCUCAUACGGCGAAGGAUGGUUGAAGAGUAAGAGCAUACGGGAUGAACUCAUGUACAGCGUGGAGAAGCAGACAAUAUUGGUGAGUGAAUGGCAACAGUUAAUACAAGGACAUAGACGCUUAUGUACUGAAAUUUUCUCAGACGGGGAAGCUAAGCAGCAUUUGCCCGUUAACAUUCCUCGCCUUGUGCAAAUUGCGCAGGCGAAAUUCGUCCAAGACGAUAACAGUACCGUUAGCCCCGUAGAUAUAAUACAAGCAGUCGAUUCGCUGAUUCUCAACGACGUUGUGGUGUUUAAUGCACCAUCGUCUGUCUCGCCAUCGUCCACCACAUACUUCACUAACAAUGCUACCGGGAGUCCGAGCACCACUGCGACUAACACACCGACACUGAAGAAUCGAACAAGUUCCAGCAGCAUAUUCAAAGAGGCUCAGAUUAACGCCACUACAUUGUUCGCUAUCCAUUGCAGAACUCAGCUGAACUCAAGAAAGCUAAUAGAAAAAGACAAGCUGGGACCACUGGGAUUAGAUUGGUUGUUGAAAGAAAUUGCCAGACAGUUCCAGAAGGCUUUGGCGGCCCCUGGUGAAGUGGUGGGUGCGUUGGCUGCGCAAUCGAUUGGGGAGCCGGCCACGCAAAUGACGCUGAACACGUUUCACUUCGCCGGUGUGGGUAGCAAGAACGUGACGCUUGGUGUCCCUCGACUUAGAGAGUUAAUUAACGUGGCGAAGACGGUUAAAACGCCGUCGCUAACUGUGUACUUGAAAGAUCCGGCAGCACGGGAUUCCGCGUUAGCAAAGGAAGUGCAAUCGAAAUUGGAGUACUCGACGCUGGAAAAGGUAGUUGCUGCUUUGCAAGUUGUGUACGAUCCGGACCCUCUGAACACCGUCGUGGCACGAGACCGGGACUGGGUCACGGACUUUUACGAGUUCCCGGGAGAAGAGGAACAGGAUUUAUCAAAGUUAGGGAGAUGGACGCUGCGGGUACAGCUGCUCGAGCGGCUCAUCACUGAAGGCUUGACAAUGCGCGAAAUCGGCAAAAAGAUCCAACAAGAGUACAAAAGCGAUGAGCUGGACGUAAUCUGGACAGACGACAACAACGAAGAAUUGAUAUUGCGGAUUCGCAUAAAACAGCAACCCUGGGAAAAGCACGACGAUGACGCUUCCGGCGGCGUAGACGAGUUGAAAUUCCUGCAAGCGUUUGCCUGCCACGGGUUGAGUCAGUUGUCGAUUCGAGGGAUUCCGAACAUCGUCAAGGUUUAUAUGCGGGAAGAGAAAUCUGCACAGUUCGACCCCGCCACGGGUCGAUUCCCUCUGGCGUCGGGCAAGUGGGUGCUGGAUACAGACGGCUGCAACUUGGCGCAAGUAUUGGUCGUUGACGAGGUGGAGUUUGCCCGCACGACGAGCAACAGCAUUGUCGAGGUACUGGACACUCUCGGCGUGGAGGCUGCACGCAAGAUGCUGAUGCGCGAGAUCCGAGCAGUCAUUUCUUUCGACGGCAGCUACGUCAACUACAGACACCUGGCCAUUCUGUGCGACGUGAUGACGCAACGCGGAGCACUAAUGCCUAUUACCAGAAACGGCAUCAACCGCGUUGAAAAAGGAUGCAUUGCAAAAUGUUCCUUUGAGGAGACGGUGGAGAUCUUGAUGCAGGCGGCGUGUUUUGGUGAGGCCGAUUAUCUGCGUGGUAUUACGGAGAACGUUUUGGUGGGCCAGAUGGCGCAGUUCGGUACGGGCAUGUGCGACAUCCUUAUGGACGACACCCGUUUGAAAGACCCCUCCACGCGCUUCGAAGAAGGACCCGGUGCCGGAGCCGACGGUUACAAAUCAGCUUCCGAGCAGCCUGCGUCUUUCGGCGAGUUCACGUCGGCUCCCUUCUCGCCCUUCUCGCCGUCGCUACAGUCGCCUGUCAUGAGCCCCUCGCAGCACCUCUCGCCCACCUCGCCGCUACAGUCGGUCUUCUCGCCCACGCAGCAAGCCUUCAACAGUCCCAUGAUCACGAGCCCCAUGAGUCCGGCAGGUUUCAUGUCGCCGGGCAGCCCGGGACGGUACUCGCCCUCUAUCGCGUCGCCCUCAGCUUUCAACUCCCCUACAUUCAGCUCGCCCACGUUCAUGGCCACCUCACCCACGAUUGCUUCGCCCACUUCGCCUCUGUACAGUCCCUCCUCACCUACAUACAGUCCUACCUCACCUACAUACAGUCCCACCUCUCCGACAUACAGUCCUACCUCUCCGACCUACAGUCCCACCUCACCCACCUACAGUCCUACCUCCCCCAUGUCCCCGUCCUACUCCGUCGCCAGUCCUUCCCUUAUGAGCCCCUCCAACAUGCUCAGCCCCGUCAUGAGUCCCACCAUGAUGAGCCCGCUCGCAAACCCCACCUCUCCAAACUUUUCGCGCGUCGUCGCCUCCCCUGUCUACUCACCCUCCUCUCCCGCCUUCGGAAUGGGUGCCCUUAACCCCCAGUCACCAGGCGCCUACUCCCCCACCGCGCAAGCCUACUCUCCCAUCGGACUCGUCACCAGCCUCGCCGCCGAACCCACGGCACCCCUCUCGCCCAGCGCCCUCCAAAGCCCCCGGUACGACCCCAUGAUGUCCCCAGGACCGCGGUAA